GUUUUGAAAGUAAAACGUGUAGAAUAUACCUGUAUAUACAAAUAUAAAAAGGUAUAGGUAUAGUAUUGUACACAUAUAUACAUAGAAAUAUAUGUAUAUAGUAAAAAUGAAGAUGGCUGCAGAGGUGAGGUGGCCAGUGUUAUUUUAUUUAUUAAUUAUUAUAAAUUAUGUAAGUGCGAGUGAUGUGCAUAGAAAAUUUGAAUAUAAAUAUUCCUUCAAACCGCCUUAUUUAGCGCAAAAAGAUGGAACUGUACCAUUCUGGAAUUAUGGAGGAAAUGUUAUCGCUAGCUCGGAUAAGGUUAGGCUAGCUCCAUCACUACGGAGUCAAAAAGGGGCAAUAUGGACAAAACAACCAACAGAUUUUGAAUGGUGGGAAGUAGAUUUAAAAUUCAAUAUAAAUGGACGCGGUAGAAUUGGAGCUGAUGGUCUCGCAUUUUGGUACACAACCCAAACAGGAAAUUACGAUGGCCCAGUAUUUGGAAGCUCCGAUAUGUGGAAUGGUCUCGGUGUAUUUUUCGAUUCAUUUGAUAACGAUAAUAAACAUAACAACCCGUACAUUAUGGCGAUUGUUAAUGACGGAACUAAAGUUUUCGAUCAUGCCAACGACGGAACAACUCAGAUGGCUGCUGGUUGCUUAAGAGAUUUUCGUAAUAAAUUAUUUCCAACCCAGGCUAGAAUUGAAUACUACAAAAAUACAUUGACGCUGAUGUUCCACAAUGGAAUGACCAGCAGCCCAGACGAAUUUGAACUCUGUUUCCGCGUUGAAAAUAUUUUCUUGCCUAAAAACGGUUACUUCGGAGUAUCAGCAGCCACUGGAGGGCUGGCUGAUGAUCACGACGUGAUGCAUUUCUUGACCACAUCGUUGUCCCCACCUGGACAGAUACAACUCGACCAAAGUAGAACAGUGACCUCUGAAGAACAGGCGAAAAUCAGCCAAGAAUAUCAGGAUUACCAGAAAAAAUUGGACCAACAAAAAGAGGACUAUCGCAAAGAGCAUCCAGAUGAGCCUCGUCGUGAUAAGGAAGAUUUUGAUGACUGGUUUGAAUCCGACAGCCAGCGAGAGUUGAGACAAAUUUUUACUGGUCAAAGUCAGAUGUUUGAAGUCCUCCGUGAAUUGCAUAAAAAAUUGGAUGAAACGAUCGGGAAACAAGAGCGUACACUUUCAUUGAUAUCGCAAUUACAAGUUGGUGGUGUCCAAACAGCCGGUGGUGCAGGACAACCAGUCCAACUUAUUGACACGAUCCGCCGACAAGAGGUCGACGCAGUCCUCAGUAAUCAGAACAUUAUAAUGAACACCGCCCGUGAAAUAAAACAAUUCGUUGGAGAAGUCAGUUCUAAAGCCGAAACAAUUUUAUCGAACCAAGCACGCGCACCUACAGCACAAGUCCAGCCUAUUGGGUACGAUUACCAAUCUUUAAUAUCGGAAAUGCGGGACGGACUGAACCAAGUUAAGCGAGACGUAGCACAAACUUACAACAGAUUAAAUGCAGCACCUGCUGCUUCAUGUCCUACUGGAAACUGUCUCACGACAACUAUCUUUAUUAUUUUUAUUGUAAUACAAUUAAUUAUUCUUAUUGGGUACAACAUGUACAGAGAUAGCAAAGAAGCGCAAGCUAAAAAAUUCUAUUAAAAGAAAUUUUUUUUAAUAGCAAAAUUAAUUACUUAAUAAAAACAAAAUUAAAAAAUCAA